AUGAUAACUUGGCAAACAUGGAAUGACCCACGACUACGCCAUUCUUUGGAUGACCCCAUCACUCUUCCUGGAGAAUCGAAGAAAGUCAUAUGGCUACCAGAUACAUUUUUUCUCAAUGUUAGAAGUGCCGCUAUCCAUGACGUAAUUGCUGAAAACAGUAAAGUUUCCAUUACACCUGGAGGUGUUGUUACUUACAGUACCAGGUAAGGUGGUUUUAUGAGGUCUUGAUGAAGUAAUUAUAAAAAGUUGCAGUUACGCGCUUGUAAGUCGAAACCCAAAAACAGAGACUGUAAGGAUCCACAUUAAAUUAAAGGCAUUUUAAUUUGACAUGAGCUACAAAUACACAUUCAUUUGAAGGCAGGAAUAUGCCAAAUUCAAGAAGACAAUCAAAUAUAAAACCUUUCGGUAAUACAUCUUUCAUUUUAGUAAAUGGAAUGUUUUUUUUUUUCGCGGCAACAAUAUAUAUUGUGAAGUCACACUUUCACGCUAUAAAAUGAUGUUAUUAAAUACUCUCCAACCAAGAAAUAAAUAAAUAAAAAUAAAUAUAAUAAUAAUAUAAUAUAAGAUAAAAAACAAAGCAAAUUAUCUUCAAAAAAUAGAACUGUUUACCGAAGAUCUAAUUUUUUGCAUGUCGGAGUGUUAGAAAAUUAUCAAUUUAAAAGCCAUCAUUGCCAUACAAUAUUAUUUGGCUCAUUAAAAAUACUGUUCCUAAAAGCAGUUUUAAAAAUGCUACUGAAUGUUAUUAAAUAUUGGUCCAAACGUCUCAAUGCAUUGUCUUUCCUGAUGGGUCUUUAGUCAGGGGUAUUAAACCUUUCAGUAGAGAAGGUAACAAAUAUAUGCUCUCAUUGGGUCAUAUUCCCUCGCUAGAAGAGUUUUAACACCAAACAGAAAUCCUAAUCUUAAAACCAAAACUGUUCAUACAUUACAUUGACUUUUCAUUCUGAUUAUUGCAUAGUGGGGUUAUAGUUGCAAAUUCAAUCAUUGCUUCCGCAGUGCCAUUCAAGAUUUUUUCUGGUAUUUUGGUGUUAUUGAUAAUGAUUUAUCGCCGACUUACUGAAUCAGGUUCAGAAUCAUUGCAAAUGUACAGUUCUAUUCUGUUUAGUAUAUUUAUAUCUGGUUUUUAGGCUUACUAUAACUGCAGGAUGUUCAAUGGAUUUGGCUGAUUAUCCACUAGAUGAACAACACUGUGACCUGGAAUUGUCUACCUGUUAAGUAUUGUAACCACGUAGAUUAACUUCAAUGUUAACCGCGGUAGGAUUAGCUCAGUCGGUAGAGCGUUUAACUGCAGAGCGGAAGGUCACGGGUUCGAUGGCCGGACCAAUACUAAGGGUCUUAAAAUAACUGAGAAAUGAAGCUACUGCCUUUGCACUGCAAGCGGCUAGGACUUCGCGUGGCUCGGGUGACGACGUAAAAUGACGGUUCCGUCUCCAGAUGGAGACGUAGAAAUAGUGUCCCCAAUUAGUACUUUUUUUUAACGCCGGGAGAAACUGUAUUUGCCCCGUCGCAAAGCAGUUUCACAUGUAUGAUCUCUUGCGGGGAAAAAAAGACUGUACACACUGUGAAAAGUACAGGGGAGAUAUCAAUCUCUUUUUCCCUGUUUAGGGGAGGGAACACAUGUAAUUACUCUAAGAUUAGUCCUUCGCUAUCCGAUGUCAAGGGGUAGAGAGCAAAAACGGCGAGUGUGCUUGAAUUUGAGGGCGCUGAAGAGAAAGGUGGCCCGAGGGUUGAAAAACAAAAUCAAGAAUAAAUAUAAAAAUCAGGAAAUUUUCUCUUUUCCGCCAGGGCUGUCACAAUUCUAUCGGGUGGAUAUUUGAGCGCGCACUGGCGUAUUCCAUAUCCCUUUACUCAUCCCUGAAGAAAAGGAGGGACUACUGUCUAGUGGUAUAUCCUAUUUUAUCCCCUGUCACCUUGUUGAUUUUACCGUGGCGAACAACUUAAAUUUGGACAACAAGCAAUUCAAAAUGACAACAUAAGCAUGAAAAUAAAAGUAAGAUUCGACACCGCUCUGCAGGAAAAUGAACAGCCGUACUGAAACUUGCUGCCCUGAAAGGCUGCUUACGCCUGAAAUAUACAGAAUGUUGCAGCAUACUACCUUUGUUGUUGUUUUUUGUUUUUUUGCGGGCGACCAAAGGAGUCCGCAGUACUAAUCUGAUGAAGCGCGUUUGGACCUUCUAUCACUUGAAACUUACGCAAAGCACAGCGUUGGCCAGGGAAAGAGUGUUUGCAUCUACCUUGCCCUCGAACCCUAAUUUUAUUACUAGUUUCAAUGUAGGCAGUUAUUCAAAUUUCUAUUAUUAUAUAUUAUAUAUUAUUAUUAUUAUUAUUAUUAUUAUUAUUUUCAGAUGCAUAUACAACCAACCAAUUAGUUUACACAUGGAUUAACGGAAGCGAGGCAGAAAAGAUAAAAGUAUCAGAUGAACAUCUUUCAGAGCUUACUCUCGUUCAAACACAAUCCCUAUAUGGUUUUGAAACCUAUGCAGAUGGUUAGUAGUGAAUACUGAAAAAAGAGAAGUAUAUGAAAAAAGAGAAGUAUAUGAACUAUUUCAGGGGUUUUGAUUUAGUGUUAACCAAUCAGAACCAAGAUCAGGCCACGCACAAGCAGACAACAAAAUCACAAACUAGCUACAUGUAACAAGAAAAACAAUUAAAACUAACUGCUAAAAUUUUAACCCGCAGUUAGCAAGGGCAACUUGAGGGGGGCUGCCAAAUAAAAACUAGUUACUUAUAAUUCAGUUUUAGUCACUCUAGUAGAACUAGUAGAGACAUACACUAUUAGAAAUUCCAGCUUAAUUACUAAAAGGAAUAUAAGAACAGUAAAAAAAAAAAAAAGAAAACAAGCAUAAAUAAUAACAUUAAAACAGCAAACUAAUGGCUUCACUUGAAUUGCCUCUUUCUAUGCAGGUUACGUUGGUAUACUACUUACUAAAGCCAGUUUGCUAAUUGAUUGUUCAAGUUCCGCCUUAGUUUAGGUGUGAAAGGAGUUCAACGUAUCGAACCCAUCACCUAGAUACUUAUGGAUUCCAUACUUUCAUUUAUUACUAGUAAUUGGACUGUAUCUUCACUGAAUGAUAGCUCUUGAUAAAUCUUCUCAUAUAAUUACCUGAGAGGAAAACAAAUUUCGUUUUCAGCGCCUUGUUUUAUUUUCGUUGCAUGCACCAGGGUGAGUUCACUGAGUCACAAAUAGCAGCGAGGGUCGAUGGGAGUAAAAGGAUACCCCCAAGAAAAAAAAAUGGUGAUGAUUAUAAUAAGAAUAAUGAUCUUAUCAUUAUCAUCAUCAUUAUCAUUAUCAUUAUCAUUAUUAUUCAUUCGCAAUUUUUUCGCCUUUUCUGAUUGGCUUCUCCCCCACUGCUAAUUCUUCAUAAGCAACUGGCACUUACCAUAUUUGAAAGAUGCGAGCAAUAUUCGAUUCAAGGGUAUAAAUUAUGAUAUACAAUCGAUCAACCUCGUUUCCAGACGCGACAGCCCGGCUGUUUAUUCAAGAGUGAACUAAAAAAAGAAAAUGGCGUUUACAACUAUCCGAAGAGGAAAUAGAACGAAAGAAAUGCAAGAAUACGCAAAAUAUAUCGCUCAAAGAAUGUUAUCUGCUUUUUGUGGAGUAUCUGCAAAGAAAAACUUCUGUUAAGUUCAUAUUCUGAAACCGUGCCGGAAAUACUCCAAACUUUUAAAGAAGGUCUAGGAGAAGGUAAGCUUGUUAAGAACUUAGAAAUAUUUUGAACAAAUAAUAAAACCAUUCAGAUUACUAAAUGAUGCUGAGCAGGAUGUGAAGUAUUAUGCAGGUCGAGGAGGAUGUUAUCAUUAUCAUUAAUGAGUUUACGCAUGAGGACGGCGAAAGAAGAGGACGGCAAAUCGCUUGUUUGUGACAAACGUGAGGGGCCUAUUACUUACGUGCUUUGCGGUGACCUUCACUUGUCAGAGAGUUAAUGUUCUCUGGUCUUUAAAAAAAGACCUGUUUAAAGUAAGGUGAAGUUCGGUGGAAAAGUUUUACUAACAAAAUUAUUGUGAUGCUUGUCACACAAUGUUUGCCGUCUUCUUUCCUCUCCCGUCCUGUUGCGUAAGCUCACUAUUUUUAAGGGACGGUAAGCUACUAUUAAGCCGCCACCCUGGACCAGGCAAGGAAUCCAUAAAGGGUUAUGGUAAUGAGCACCUGGACCGUGCUCAGUUCACCCCAGGCCUGUUAUCAGCGAAGAAUCAAAACAACCUUUAGUUCUAACCAAAUCGUUUUAAUCUGUAGGUAACCAUUCUAAACUUAUUGCUCGCUUCUGGUUCAAGCGACGCUUCGGUUAUGCUUUUCUUCAAAUCUACUUUCCCACCAUGAUGCUUGUAGUACUGUCUUGGCUGGUAUUCUGGAUUCCACAGGAUGCUGUUCCUGCGAGGAUAGCUCUCGGAAGCACUACUGUGUUAUCAGUUGUGACGUUCACAGGGUCAUUUAGAAGCACUUUUCCAAAGGUAUGCUGGUCAAUAUCCUUAGAGAGUUUAAGUAAAAUUGUACUGUAUGUGUAUAUGUAUAUUGCUAAAAAAAAUGCAGAUAGCUGAAGGCAUCUUUUACAGCCCUGGGUGAAGUGUCCGCACUGGACGCUUCAGCUGUAAUUUUAACAAAGUAACAAAAAGUUGAGAUAGAUGGAUUGAAUGAAUAAAGAAUGGAUUGAAAAAAUCAGAUACACAAUCUAACUCCUCUUAGAUUUCAGUUGCGCAUUACAUAAUUCGGUGGAAAAUAUUUGCCGAAUAAUUUGCGGAACGUGCCCGCGUUGUCACGUACCCAAAUCUAUUCUCGACGAGUCGGAAAGAGAUCUGGGUACGAGAUUAGUGCGCGCCUAGGGUAAUUUAUAAAAGAGUGGGAAAAUUAGACGUGAAACCCACGCAGUGAGAUAUGAACUUCUCACUGUAUUUUUGGUUCAGCUGCAUUCAGUCUACAUCAUCCCUCUCUCUGUUUGUAUUUUUGUGUGGAAAGGUUUCCUACAUUAAAGCUGUGGAUAUCUACUUCAUUGUUUCCUUCGUGUUUGUCUUCUCUGCAUUAAUGGAAUACAUCUUAGUAUUACUUGACACUGGAGUAAAACAGCAAAGAGUACUGCAUGUCAGAAAUAAUGUGGAAAAUUGUCACAGUGAUGUGUCUUUUAUAGAGGUAAAAUUUGUUUGUUGUAAUAAUCAUUAAGAGGUGCACUUCUUUGCCCUUCCAUUUAUCAUUUCUGUGUCAACGGGAGAUUUUCAUUUCUUACUAUUUCCAAGAGGAUACUAUGAAUCUUCAAACAUUGACAGGAGAAAAAACAUGUUUAUCGCCGCUAAGGCUUAAAAGGUUUACUUUGAUCUUAUGAUUCCUCUUCAUUAAAUUCUCCCGUUGUUCAUUAAUAAUUGACAGGAGAAAAUAUCCUUUACGCUGCGCGGUGCUGGGGCUUGAGAAAACAUAAACUGUUUACAGGUAGCUAGCUAUAGCCAUUGCGACACCUAUAGGAAGAUCAUGAGGUUAUCCAAAUGUUAAGAUCUAUCCGUAAGCCCCCCCCGUGUAAGCGGAUGCAACAUUGUUACUUCUGAACAUUGUUGGAUGUUACAUGUUUUGUCCGUUUGCACACCCUGUUGCAUGUUUUUGCGUGUUGUUGGGAGUUGUUGUGCGAAGUUUGAAACCAGCCAAUUUUUAGCUACAAUCAUGCCAAACGGACAGAAGAACUUCCAACGUUAUUGGCCACUCCCGUACUCUUUUCUAAAAGUAGUGUGGGUUAUUUUACGUCCCUGGAUAAGCACCAGAAAAAUGAAAGCCCUCUGAGACUGGAACUAAGCUUUUUCGUCCUUAUCCGAGAAGACUAGAAAGUCUAACCGUUUGCAGAUGUCAUUACAAAGGCAGCACCAGCCGGGGUUUAAAACGGACGAGCUCCAUCCAGCCCAGUAGACCGGCGCUCUCCCAACUGAGCAAACCCGGCGACGUAAAAGGUUGGUUUUGAUCUUUUUUUAUCUUUUUCAAAUGACAGGACAAACAUCAUAUUGAAGUUUCGGAGUUACAUGAAGUCAAGGUAGAGCACCCAGUUGCUAGAAGCCAGGGAAAAUCAAUGAAAGUUCUCAAAGGCAAAGUAAAGAAAGUUAAAGAAUACGCGCGUUGUGCCUUCGUUCGGAAUGAAGCCAGCAGCUUUGACAGAGUAUCGCGUUACCUUUUCCCAUGUUCUUAUUGUAUCUUUAAUUUGAUUUAUUGGUGUUACUAUGAACUUGCUUCAUUCGGAUAUGAAGUCCCCACCAAAUGAUGCAAACCUACCUACACUAGCUGUGGAUUUUAAACUACAGUGGAGGUCAAAAGUGUUGGGGCCUUCCCUGUGAUAUAAAUAAAACAGGCGUCCUUCCCCCUUCCACCACUAACAAUGUUGAAUUUUGAGCAUAAUGGGUGGAAAUGAAUCUGUUUGGGGUCACAGCAUUGUAGGGAGGAGAGGAAGGAUGAAGGAAUGAAUCCGCGAUAGCCGAUCCAAAAAUUGUCAUUAGGAUAAAGUGUAACAAUUACUGGAAGGGUUUUUCAUUGCGUCCCAAGAUCUUUUGACCUCCAUUGAAGAUGGACGUGGCCAGGUCGACGGUCAACGUCCAAAAGGGCAAGUAAUUGCAAAUAGGCUCCCUGAGCUAGAGAGAAAUAAACUCGAACUUGCUCAAUGAGGUUUCAAAAUAAUAUUUUGAAAGCAUAAUUCCGAGGCUGUUUUUAGAGGACGCAUCGUCGAUUUUUCUACCGCUUUCUUUGUUGUUUCUCUUAGCAAGACGAAGUAUUUCUACGUCAUAUGAAACGACAUAAGGUCCCCUAUGCUAUGAAGUUUUUAGUGCAAACUAAAAAAAGACAAAUAAAAAAAUGUUAUAUAGCAAAAAACAUAAUAUAAUUAUGCCGCAAUUUGUGCUACUUUUGUUUAAUUUGUCUUAAAGAAGCUUAGUUUGUAAAUUUUCACUCAAGUCUUAGAUGAUGGUCAUUAGUUUUGAAUGGGGUCAAAUAUUCCAAGCUGCAUGCACCAUAAUAUUCUCAUAAUACCGCAAUCAUCUUUCAGAACGCAUGACAAAAAGAAAAAAACGUUGCAUGAUAUUAUAACACAGCAAAAGCCCAGAAGGAAGAGUUUGCCUGUAAGUACUGAGUUGUCUUUCGAAUUAGAAAUGUUGUAAAUAAAAGGAAAUAAAAUAAAGCACGUAUGUGAUAGGUUAAUCAUCCCUUCCUGUAUUUCAGUUCUUCGGUACAAGGCGUCGACCCUUACAGCUGGUUUAUUGACGGUUUGCCUUCGUUCCACUGAGCAGAAACUUUAUUUUGGUAAUAAAAUGAUUAAUAACAUGGAUCUGAAAUUUGGUGUUAAACAUCAACCAAUCUAGAUACCUAGAAUUAAAGAUACAGUCUAAUUAAGAGUCGAAAUCAAUGGUAUGCAGCAACAUGCAAUACACUAUGCAAUCAAUGUUUUACCAUUCUAGCAUUCUUGGUAUUCAAGAAUCAAUCAAGUGAGUGUGAUGAUAAAUUAUGUCGAUCGCCAAAUGUGACAAUGAAUAAGUGAUGAAACGUUUGAGCACUGAUAGGUUCCACCGGCUUAAUUCUUUGUAAAAGCAUCAAGGGAUUGAGGGGUAGACUAACAGGUUGCAUCAUGCAGCAGAAGAAAGUCAACUUGACUAUUGUGUUAAGCUGAAAAGGUUUUAUAAGCUAACUUAACAAGAACAUAUUUUUCUAUGAAGGAUUUGUUAAUAUACAUCCUAAUUAAACAAUAAACUUUAGCCUGAGGCGGGUAGCGUGUGGUCGGUUAACCGAAAAGGCAAAUUAUGCUCUAUCGAUUUUGUGAAUUGGAAGGGCCAUAUAACUGACUUGGAUUAUGAUCAGUUAUGAUGGAAUCAUACGAAACUCGAAAUCCAGAGGUAUAUUUAGUUGCAAGAAUGAACAUUAAUGGAACCAACCUUGCCGCAAAUUCCCAUUAAUUACUCUUUUUUUAAGUAGUGCUAUUUCACCCAGUUGAAAUUCUUGUGUCAUAAUAUCUAGAACAUCUCUAAGCAAACAUAUUAAAUUAGCCUCAAGUUUUAAAAUAAAACAAGCAUUUGAUGUGUAAAUUCCUUACUAAGUAAAAUUGCUGACAAUGAAACGAUGAUGAUUGAAACUUUAAUUAAUUUCAGCGGAAAUGUCUUUGUAUGCCACUAAAAACAUCAAUUUGUAACCCUUCAAAUACCAAUGAUGCAGAGAAAAUUUCCAUCUUAACGGUACGGUAGCUUAUCGGCAAACUGUCCGGAGCAGUGUGGUAAUGUUCAGAUGCCAAACAGAUUUAACGCUUGCAGAUUCCUUAAAACGUCUCCAAGCUUUUAAACUAAACGUUGCAAGGUAAGAACGGUAAUCUCAGAUACUUUUAAACCCCGUGCAAACGAACGCAACCUUGUUGAAUGUUACAUGUUGCGUCCGUUGUUGCAUGUUGUUGCGUGUUGUUGGGAGUUGGUGCACCGUUUGCAUAAUACAGCAGCAGGAUCGCAACAAUGUUGGUACAACAAUAUUGGGAGUUGUUGCGUCCGUUUGCAAGUAGUUUUAAAGUUGGUGCUACUAGGAAAAUCAUUAAAAUAUGGUAAUAGCUUGCGUGCACAUUAAUCGGAUUCUCUUUGGACAAUACAUUUGUUUUUUUAGUCAACGUACUUGCCUUCUUUUGAGUUACAACUUUCUUAAUAAACUGUUUUAUGAAUUUCGGUUUAAAUGGUCUGCACUAAAUUAAAGGCCCAUGAAGAUACAAUGUAACUGGCAUACUUUGCUUCAGUAGUCUGCUUUUUUCCUGUUAGACUCGGCUCAACUUUUAUGCAGUAAGUAAAUAUAGCACAAAAUGUCUGACGCAUACACUUUUAUUUCCGCGCGUUAGUUUAAAAACCUACAGUUUAAAAUUGAUUACUCAGUUCUUAAUUUGAGUAAUAAGUAAAAAAUUGCGCGGCUCAUUAGAAUCUAAUUAUCGUGGAUUUUAAGGACUUGAAGAAAUAUCUUGUUUUUCGAAGCUUUCCUCCAAUCCAACCUGACUGUUCUGUUUGUUAUUACGAACCUUCCCAUUUUUAUCGCAAUUUCUCCUUUUACCCAGGUGAUCAGAGAAUUCUCUGGUUACCGUCGAAGUUCAAACAGAUAACUUUUACCUUUAUCUCUCGGCUCCUGUUAUCACUUAAUCUGAAACUUAUAUACAUAAUUUUUGUUGUGAUAAUAACGCCCCUGGAAUGUUUGAUGAUCUGUCACUAUGCAAUUUCUCGGGGGAGGGGGAGGGGGGGUUACUCGUCGAGUAAUAUUUGGUUGAAACUGAGCCGCUGAGGGUUUGAAAACCUGACCCUGUUUAGGACGAUAAAAAAACCCCCUAAAAUUCAUACCCUGUUCAGGGCUGCAACACCUUUAAAUAUAUUAACAUCCCAGUACAGGCAAUAUAAGGGAGUACACUCUCCCUCCUCCCCAUCGGCGCACUUUCCUCCCGUUAUGUCAUCAAUGAAUCUUACCAAAAAAAAAAAAACUUUUUAAUAAGUAGUAUGCGCGACUUAAUUCUCAGAUGUAAAUUGUUUCAAUGGGACGCGACUCACGUGAACGAAAUUACGACCCAUGAUAUGUAAACUAUGAUAACACAACAAACUGCAAUGGGCACGUGAGGAGAAUUUGUAAAUUUUAGAUAAAAGAUGACGGCCCCCUGCGAUUGUAGACUAAAUAGAACAAUGAUUUUGCUCCUUAGUCCUUCGAGGUCCGGGGUGAAAGUUGCGUUAAUUGGCUACUCUGCAUGUCGUAAUUUAAAGUUAAGUAUGUUAUGAUGUAAAUAAAUAUUUUUUACUUUGUCCAAUAGAUUCUAAUCAAGUUAAACCUGACUCUCUUUUUUCGAAUAAAACGUAACUUUCGAACUAAUGUAAUGAUUCAGUUAGAUUUUACAUUUCAGUUACAUUUGCGACAGUAGAUUGGCCAAAAUAUGCCAAAAAUUUUGCUAAAUCAUCUCUUCAACCAUGUAUGAUUGAUUUUAAAACUGAAUGUUACAUUCAUCGAAAUAUGUUAUUUCAAGAAGAUUUCUAAAAUGUGUAAUGCAAAUAAAAAUGCCAAACCGGUUGCAUGAUUUAAAGAGUUAAUUUCAAUAUAUUCUUUGUCCGCCGGAAUACACUAAACAAUCUAUCGGAAUACGCCAUUAGGGGUACAGCUGUACAGAGUUUCCCAGUAGAAGGUUUGGCUCCGAAUUGCUAAUCAAUGGUAAAAAAUUGGUGCUAAUUAAUGGACUGUAUUCUUAUCCCGGAAGGCGAUCAAUCGUCAGCGUACACGUCAGUGCGCACCCUCGUCAGCAUUAGGGACUUUAAGAUCCAACGACGCGGACGGCAUCGAGAACGUCCAAAAAACAAUAGGUUUUUAUAAGAAAAACAACCAUUUUGCAAGUGCAUCACACUUUUUUGUACAUUUCUUUGCCCGUUUUUGCACGACUACGACGUGAAAAUGCCUAAUUUGGCGUUUUAUGGAGUAUGUAAACAAGCAACGGCGAAAUUUUAUUUCUCUUUCUGAACUUGGAUAUGGUCUCUAGGAAUUCCAGUCCAGGAGGGUUUGCCUACCUUGACAAAGCAAGUGGUUAGGAAUAAUUGCGAUAAAAACUGAAAGCAUACAAAUUAACUUUUUAAGUGAAGUUCUCGUCGCCGUCGCGUCGUUGGAUCUUAAAGUCCCUAUUAUCAAUGACCAACGCAAACGUUCUUUUAUAAUAAAACAUCGAAUUGAAAUGGAAUGAAUUAGGGUCUUUUCCUUUGUAGAUGGAAGAAAAACGCAAUAUCAUUAAAUGGGCUAGCCCAGGAGAGGCUAAAUGUGGUCGGUUGAGUCUUUUCUAAAUAUAAUGAAAUAUGGUUACCAAAUAUUAAUAAAACCCAUAGUUAAUUAUUAAGCAUACGGUGUCCCAACUUAUUACUGAAAUAGUUCUAGUCCGCCACAUUUUUUUAUAAACCGUACUUUUUUUAAAAUGAAUAAUUUAACGAAUAAGUUGUGAUACGAUUUGAUGUGGACCUGAUGUUUCUCUGAACUAAAUUCCAAGCGUACAAUUAAUCUCCCAGUUGCACGUUAUAAUAGACGAUCGAUCAGUUCACAGGCUAGGGGGUAGUGUGAAUAAAGAUCAGUGAAUCGGUCAUCAUUGAGGUGUUUUUAGCGUCCUUGUAUAUCUCCAAGAACCUUUUAAAAGGAGUUGCAGCUAUUUUAGCUAUUCAAAAGUUUUGAAAAAAUAUAAAUUUCUAAAAUUCAAAUUAACCUAAUUAUUAUUCAUAUUAUCAAAUUUGACAGAUCCGCAAUUUAUCGUGUAGAACCGGAUAGUGACUAAACGAGGUAUAAGGUCUGUACUGAUUAUGAACAUGGAGUUACAAGCAAACUAAGACCUCCUUUUUUUGAAUUAAAUCCAUCACUCAAAUAAUUUUACCAUAUCGUUACCUUUCUUUCAUACAUAACACAUGGGACUAUUGCGGUGCCAAAGGUACUUUGCGCACUGCAAUCACGUGCUCAAACCAAAGCGUCCUAUUAUUGUCAGGCAAGAAUUUGACAUUUUAGUGGCCGUGUACUGAGCCGUUCGCAGGCUGACUGAGUGUAUUGAAAAAGUUAUGUUACAUUGCUUUAUAUCACGCUAUAAACAUCUCAGCGCACUGACGCACAAUAUGGAUCAUCAACGACUGGGAUCUGCAACUUGAGUCAGUUGAGGUCAGGCAGCUACAGCGGCUUAAUUGAUGCAUAUGAGUUUGCAACCAUCAAAUGUAAGUAGGACAACAUUGAUUCUUCUUUCCUUUACGAUCAUGUGUCACUGAAAUGUUUUAGCCUUCACCUUAUCUGAACGAAAUUUGGGUCUUACAUCAUUUUGAAGAGUAGUGACAAUGUGAUAUUGGUCUCGCCCCCUGUCAGUGAGUGUGUCACGUUGCGAGUCACGUCAUUUUCUUUCGUACCGUGUCUUGCAGUUAUAAACGAGCGUAGAAAUAGCGAAAGUUCAAAUUAAACUUUGCAAGCUUCAUAAUUGUAUUACUUGAAUCAAACUGUGUUAAUUCUUGUGAUUUUUUUCCUGUAGUAAUUUUGGGAAUUCCUUAGCAUUCUUCUGAAAUUGUUAUUUUUGUAAUAUCUUACCUAAGAAAUGUUACUGUUCUCGGGAAUUGCCGAGAAUUCCGUAAAAUCCCAGCAUCAUAAAGAACUCAUUACUAGGAAUAGUUGACACUACAGCUGUCGCCGCUCGGUCAAUAGCAUUCUUGGUCGUUGUGUAGCUCUGUGAAAUAUACCGGUUGAUAAUGAAGAUUUUCACACAUAUUCCAUACGAUAGGUGAGAUAAAAAAAAAAAAAAAAAACGGGAAACGCAAGGUUCCAUGCACAGUUUCAGUUCGAUUUACACAGCUUUGAUCAAAACAGUCUCAGUUUCGAGAAUAGUUUAUUCUAAACCAUGAGAAAAUAUUUAAUUUAGAAGUUGAAUUUUUCGCUAUUUCUCCUUCACUUUUUACAUACAGCUCAUUUUAUUUGCCGGAAAGUGAGCGUUAGAAAUUAAAAGGACGUAACUUGAUCAAUUCACGCUCGCGCAUUCUGGUCUUAUUUUAAACUUUAUAGCGGAAGGACAUCUGUGAGCAGGGAAUAAGUCAGCACAGAAUUUGAUUGUCAGCGAAUCUCUGUCGAAUCGUCCAUCGUUCUGCUAAGGAUAAGCUAGCAGUUGAUUCACUCGUCUUGCUUGUUUGUGGCUGAGCUCCGGUCGAAGAGAGAGGUAGAGUGUCUUUCAAAUCAAAGAUUUAUGAACUCAUGUCUCGCAAACUCUCCAAGAGUUUAUAUAUACACAGUUAUACGCACCUUAUAACUUCCUCUGCGCUUGACGAGUGUCUUUUGGUCCAUAACUUUCAAAACAACUGCUCCGCAUAAUGUCACUGAUAACACGUAACGCAAAAGAGUAUCGAAGUAUGACUGUACAAUAAAUGUCCAAAAUCUACCUAAGCGGCCCCUUCGGGAUUUUCUGUCUUUACGUCAUCCUAACCAUUUCGCACUUGCGGGCGCAAACAAUAGAAACGUCAUCAUUACCUACCGAUUUCUCGCGGCCCCUGUUCAAGCAAAUCGAGAUUUUUCUGGCGUACUGACUGUAUAUUUCAACUGUGAGUAUUUUCUUUAAUAUACGCGCGGGUUACUGGAGUGCCUUCUGGGCGAAAUCCCUGCGGGGGCAAUAACUUCAUUCUCAAGAAUAGUCCAGUUUCGAAUUAAAAAUUACCGCUGAAUAUACACCUAUUUUAAUUAAGGUUGCUCCCGUGAACCAUGUUUCAUAGCCUGCAGUGCACUAUGGUAAACCCUUUUGUACCAGAAAGUUUAGUCUUGUUCACAGUCAUUGAAAUAGUAUAGACCAUUUGUGAAAAGGCGUUCAAGAGAGCUUUAAAGUCAAAUAGCUGCUAAUAUUCUUAAGCAUAAGCGAGCUGAAAAUUUUCAUUUUAAAAUCUCAUAGUAAAAAAUUGGAAACCUCUUCUUUUAACAACAUUAAAUGAAUAGGGUUUUACCGCCUGAUUAAGCUGCGUUUUUGCAUGGGCCAGAAUGCUGGUUAUUUCAAUAAAGCAAAUCAACGCUAUUCUUUUUUUUAUAUAUUCAGUUUUAAAAAAAAUUGCCUCAAAAAUAAAUAAACACGUAAUGUUAAGUUAUUUAUUGUUGUUCAACAAACACCUUGAAGUUGAUUUUUUUAAACUCCAUCCAAAAUUCCCACAUGCGCAAGCCAGGCAGACUCGUUGAAAAUUUGCAGCAUUUGCAUAUUACCACAGAGAAAAACCUAACCUCAAAUCACAUUUUCUUAACGUUUUCCUGAAGUAGAAUAGAAGCGUCAGCAGCGUUUGCUUUCUAGGUUCAAGCUCGUUGGGGGCACAUAAUUUACUAGACUUGCUACAAUAGCCUUUAUUUAUUUAUUUAAAGAGGGUAGCACUUAAUAGCCAAAGGCUAAUAAACUUGUGGCCCUCAUUUUAACGUCUCCUAAUGGAGAUGGGACCGCCAUUUUACGUGGUCAUCCGAGCCACGCGAAGGUCCAGCCGCCCGCAGGGCAAAGGAAGUACCUUCAUUUCUUAGUUAUUUUAAGACCCUAAGUAUUGGUCCGGCCCCGGGAAUCGAACCCGCGACCUCCCGCUCUGCAGUCAAGCGCUCUACCGACUGAGCUAAUCCUGCCACGGGCUGUGAAACAUGGAUCAUGCAUCAUGCAUCAUUCUUCUCUGGAGCAACCUUAACUGAAAUAGGUGUAUACUUUAACGUCACAUUCUACAGGGUUAGCCUAGACGCAAAGUGAAAUAUUCAGAAAUUCUGGCAAGCAAGUGUUUGAAAUGUGAAUGUACACAAUAGACAGAGUAAUAAACAGAUCUUUUUCUCGUUGGAAUUUGUGAAUAUACUACUUCAGUUUGAGGCUAAGGCUGUAAAAAAUGCGUCUUCACUUCUUUAAUUCAGCGGUCUUAGCGAACUCGAAAAUGGACUAUUCCCGAGAAAUUCCGAGCAUUUUAAACCCGUAUAAUAUAUUUCCCUGUCGAGAACCUUCAGGAAUGUUAGUGCAAAUUAUGCAAAAGAAUCUUCCAGGAAUUUCUGAGAAGCUGGGCUAUCUAUGGGUGCCAGUCAAAAACCGGUUGCGGCCUAAAUAAGGUGACCCACGGUGCAGCGGCACUAAUCCUUUUUACACAUUUCUCAGCGAUUCAAAACCUUACUUGUGGUGCCUGGAGGAAUUUUUUUUUUAAUCAAUUCCACAUGGUACAAGUGUACUUAGUAAAAUGCAACUGAGAAUCCCUUAGUGCGUCCAUCACGACUGGUAUCAAUUAGUGUAACUUUUCAAGUGCCUUCCCCUUUUUCACUACCUGACUAUUGUCAAAUCCUGCUCUUUCUUUUUCUCUUCCUAUUCCCUCACAGUCAGCCAUGUCCACUGAAAUGAUGCCUUUUCUUUAAGUAUAGUUAGUACUCGUUUUAAGUGAAGUAGACGUUCUUUUUCGUAAAUCUAAAUCCAAGUUUGAAUCAGGGCUUUGACUGCUUUUAUGUUCCCUUCCAUUAAGAGACAAAGUAAUCUUAAGUUAUAGAGGUAGAUUUUUUUAAACUUGUCAGUGAAUCAUAUUUUCGGU